AUGGCGGGUUUAGUUUGUCGCGUACAUCCUGUAGUCUUGUUCACAAUUAUCGAUUCAUACGAAAGAAGAAAUGAAGAUGCACAUCGAGUCAUUGGAACCUUGCUGGGAUGUUGUGAAAAGGGUGCUGUAGAAGUUUCUAAUUGUUUUACAGUUCCACACAAUGAAUCUGAAGAUGAAGUGGCUGUUGAUAUUGAAUAUGCCAGAAACAUGUAUGAAUUGCACAGGAAGGUCAACAAUAAUGAGGUCAUUGUUGGAUGGUUUUCAAGUGGAGGAGAAAUUUCUGAGUAUUCUGUGCUCAUUCAUGAAUAUUAUGCACGUGAGGCAAAGAACCCAAUCCACAUCACAGUUGACACUUCACUUCAGACCGGAAGUGGGAAAAUGGGUGUCAAAGCCUACAUCAGCACACAAAUGGGCGUAGCCAACAAAACUACUGGUACUAUGUUUACACCUGUAAAUGUUGAAAUUCAACAGUAUGAAGCCGAACAAGUAGCUGUGAAUUUAAUUCGUGAGAGUAAGCUGUCUCCAAAAAGGUCUGUGUCCAUGGUUACAGAUCUGCAGCAAGUGGAUAUUCUUUGUAGCAGAAUUCAGGGAAUGCUUUCCAUUGUCUUGCAAUAUGUAGAGGAUGUCCUGGCUGGUAAGAUCCCUGCAGAUAACACUGUAGGCCGAUACCUCAUGGAACUCAUUCACAGUGUCCCAAUGAUUGAGCCAGAUGAAUUCUCGACCAUGCUUAAUGCUAACAUGAAGGAUCUCCUAAUGGUCACUUACUUGUCCCAUCUGACACGUACACAGCUGGCACUCAAUGAAAAGCUCACCAUGUUUAUAGCCAUGGGUGCUAAAGAUUAA